GGCGCUCAAAUGGGUUAUUGCGCACACAGCCGGCUGAACUAUAGCGGCGACUCCAACUACGACCCAAGUGUGAGGGCGCCCUGUUACCGCGCGUGAGACGGCGAUAAAGGAGAGCUUGCACCGCUGCGGAAAACUUGCGUAUAUAUUUGAUUUUCCCCUCUAAUUGAAGACAUAAGUGAUGCUCGGUAUGUGGAUCGACUCUGAGGCUGCAUGAACUGCGAUUGUUCCAUCUGAGAGCAGUUUAAUGUGCUCUUUAUUUCAGAGGAUUACUCCUUCAUUCACUAACUAUGGGUUCUGUGAUGUUGGACUGGAGGUUAUCAUGUCUUCUUCUGCAGACAGCUGUUUUGCUGCUGCUCAGCAAGGGGGAGAGGAUGUGCCCUGCGAGUUGUCGCUGCGAAGGGAAGAUUGUUUAUUGCGAGUCUGGCAUCUUCCAAGGCAUCCCAGAAAACAUCACCACGGGAUGCCAAGGUCUGUCUCUGCGCUAUAACAGCCUGCUGGUUCUGUUGCCGUACCAGUUUGCUCACCUCAAUCAGGUUAUCUGGCUUUAUUUGGACCACAACUCCAUCAAAGAUAUAGAUGCUUUAGCCUUCCAUGGUGUGCGCAGGCUCAAAGAACUCAUCCUCAGCUCCAACAAAAUAACUCAUCUGCACAAUAACACAUUCAGCGCAAUACCAAACCUGCGGAAUCUGGACCUGUCCUAUAAUCAGCUGCAGUCUCUGCAGCCAGGGCAUUUUUAUGGUCUGCGCAAGCUACAAAAUCUCCACUUUCGAUCUAAUGGCCUGAAGCAGAUCCUCAUUCGUACUUUUCUUGAAUGCCGCAGCCUGGAGUUUUUGGACUUAGGUUACAAUCGCUUGCGGAGCCUCACCCGCACAACGUUCUUAGGGCUGUUCAAGUUGAAAGAACUUCAUUUAGAGCACAAUCAAUUUUCCAGGAUUAAUUUCUUCAUUUUCCCGCGCCUUACCAACCUGCAGGCUCUUUAUUUGCAAUGGAACCGCAUACGAUCCAUGAAUCAAGGCGUGCCUUGGACCUGGCACAAACUCCAGAAAUUGGACCUGUCAGGGAAUGAAAUCCAAAUGUUGGACCCAACGGUUUUCCAGUGUAUGCCGAACUUACAAAUACUCAACCUUGAAUCGAACAAGCUCAGCAGCGUGCCUGUGAAGGCCGUGGCAGCGUGGACCUCACUAACUACCGUCAGCCUGGCCGGUAACGCCUGGGACUGCAGCCCCAGCAUCUGCCCUCUCAUGGGAUGGCUCAAAAACUUCAGAGACUCCAAAGACAUCACUAUGAUAUGCAGCAGCCCCAAGUCUGUGCAGGGCGAAAGAGUCGUGGAUGUGGUGAAGAAUCACUCGACAUGUGCGGACGUGUCUAAUGAUUUCUCAACCACUUCUCUCAUUGUUCUGACUUCCACCCAAAUUGGGAACACAACUCACCCUGACCUUACAACUGACCCUGGUACCGAGUCACCUGUACAGAGGUUAACCCCCUCGCCUGUCCGUCCUAGUGCGACACACAGAAAGACAACAGAGUCCACAAACAUGAGCUCCACCUCACCCAUCUCCCCUGAACCCCCUACAUUGUUUAUCCCAGAGCUACACUUUGAACAUAUGGCUUUCCAUAAAAUCAUUGCAGGCAGCGUAGCCCUGUUCCUGUCAGUGGCAUUGAUCCUGCUGGUUAUUUAUGUCUCGUGGAGGCGCUACCCCAACACCAUGAGGCAGCUGCAACAGCACUCGGUCAACCAUAAGCGCAGGAAAAAGGCCCGUAAGCAGGAGCAGGACCUUAACUCUCAGCUGCAAGAGUACUAUCUGAGCUACCAUUCCAACUCGGAGACAAUGGACUCUUUGGUGAAUGAGACAAGGCCGUGCACGUGCACCAUAUCAGGAUCCAUCGAAUGUGAGGUCUGAGCGGCCAACUCCACCUUACGAGACUAAAAGUGCAAUUGCUAAGCAGAGGUAAAUGGUCUUUCCACAAGAUGAAGGGCUUUUAUCUCUAAUGUGAGAUGACAGAUUCUGUAGCACUGAAUGAAAUACUUGGGGGCAUAGUACAAUAUCAUUAUGUGCACAGAAGAAGAAGACUGGAAUGGAGAGAUGUAUUUGGAGCUAAUUAUCACUCUGGCUGACACGAGAACAGUGACGGCGUCAGCCAGGUACUGUGUACAAUCUAACGUACCGCCUGGACCACUGCUAAAGUAGAAGUGAGCACUGUAGAGAGACUGACCUUAUUCUUAGUCAAACUGUGUUGUCAUAGAACAUACAAACCAACAAACCACUUUUUACUUGCUAGUUUAGAUUUUUAUUAUGUAGCUUGUAAAGGAUUUAGGAAGUAUGUGUCUGUGUGUGAGUGUGUUAUGGGGAUGAUCUGAUAGUGUCCUGGUUUACUGACUUCUGGUUGGAAGAGUUACAGUGUUGCAACUUAUUCUCACAAUAUACAGUUUGUCCAGUUAAACUCUGCUGCGUUUUAGCAUAUUAGUGCAGCAACUAGAAGUAGCAAUACCACUAUGAGUGGGGGAGCAAUCGUAGAGAGAGCGUCUUGUCCUGAGAUCUUUUGCAUGAAACCAAUCUCCUUACUACAAGAUGCUCUAAUGUUCUAAUUGAUGAUAAACUUGCAUUUCGGUUCAUUGUGGUACAUGCUAAACAAACAAAUUAUAUUCAAGUCUAAUCUCAGGAUUGAUGUUUUCCAAGCUGUAAAAUAAAAUCUGUCCGGUCCAACGAGGGCCUUGAUGUGUCAGAAGUAACAAUGUUGAUUUUCAUAAAGAAUUUUGUAUUCCUAUCAUUAUGAUUAUGCAUUGUUUGUGUAAAGACAUAAGAAAAUGGGGACUAGCCAUUCUAUGUGAUAAUGACUGUGUAAUUAAAAGAUUCCCGUGAUAAUUGAUGAAAAACUUGUGUGUGAUGAGAAUAUCGUCGACUGGUGCAUCACACGGAGAGAAAAGAAAAAUCCCUCUCUAAAUCCAUGCAUUGUGCUCUUGAUGUUAUGCAAUUCAUUGGAUUUGCUGUUGCAUGCAGGGGAGCUGACAUAUUUUCCAUCACGCAUCUGGUUUUCUGGCUCUUUUCUCUCUCUUCUUUUCCAUCCCCUCCUGGUAUUGACAACAGUAUUGAUUGUGUGUAUGGUUACACAUCUCGAACUAGGGGGGCCCCCAAUAGAAAUGAGCUGUGUUAUACAUAAGGCGAUGCCAUUCUUUGCUUGUACGUGAGACAAAAAGGAAUUCCAGUCCAGUGAAACCAAACAUAAUAUAAGAAUCUCUUUUUAUACAGCCAUGUAUUCUCUGUCAGUUCUGCGUUAUUGUUCUUAAAAGAAAGGGAGAAUAGAGGAAGGCUACUGAGGGACGGUGGUGUUACGGGUCAAGGCAGUUUUACUAUUAUCACCCACUUUGGUCUGUCUUCUCCGCGUCCCCUCCUGCCUUUUCUCCCUGCCUUAUUACUCUUUUUCCGCAGCUUUCUCACUGUGAGGAGAGAAAUUUAACCUGCACCAGGGGACAUAUGUGCAUGAAGGAUUAGGCAGUGGUGGUGCGAGUAUGUAAGAGCUAUCAACAAGGUGUUUUUAUUCCUGUGUGAGAAAAACAAUCAUCUAUUGCUCACCACAGUCCUUCCCCCACAGCUGUCAGUUGUCCUCUCAGACCUGUUUUGAAGUGAAGACAUCUGAUUCCUCUUCCUUUAGCUGGUUCACGCAUCUCGUGUGGAGUAAAGUUUGACUGGUCAAAGGUUGUUCAGAUAAGGAUUUAUGAUCUCCCACAGUUUACUUUCUAAACAUGACUCAGGCUUUCUUUUGCUCCCAGGCAGGCAUGGAGGUUCGCUGCCAACAGAAUUUAUAUCCAUAUUUAGUUUCUCGUACUUGCAUAUAUGAUGAAUUUCUCUCGAGGGCCAAUGGGAAAAUCUGUGAAGGCAUACAAAAAAUGUAAUAUGAACAGAACAAAUGAUUAGUUGAUUCAGCGUUGGCAGAUAUUGUAAUUAGUGUUUGAUUUGUCAUAUUAUGACUGAUGAAAAGCAAUUCCCCGUGUUUUGAAAUCUUUUGGUGUUGUGUAGCUGAGAGGCGAAUGCUGAUUAGAGAGCUGUGAUCUGCACCUUGUAGAACAUUAUUGAGGAUAUUUGUUUGAAUGAAGAAUUGUGGAGUGCACACUAUUGACUUAGUAAACAAUGCACAAAUAGAACCACACUCCACUGGAAUCUGAAAAACUACUGUAUGUUCCAAGAAUUCAAAAUGUCUUUUUGAGUUAAUCAAUGUAUAAAACCACGAUACUUCAAGCGGAUGAGCAAGGCCAAAAAAACAGAAUCAGUCAAAUCUUGCCUGGAAACAUCCAGAAAUACAGUGUGUGCUUCCUGUAAACACUCACUGUGAGGGGCAACCUGCUCAGCCCUCACUGGCAGGCAUGACAUUUUGAUUUACAUCUCUUAUUAGGGAUCUUUCUCAGGUAACAUGUGUGAUAUUCUGCUCAUCAUUGCCAAAGGUUUUGCCAGAGAUUUAAAAGGUAGGCAUACAAAUAUUAUCAAUAUACCCCCAAAUACAUAUUUUCUUUUUAUCCGGUUGCCUGAUUUCCAUUUAUGAGGGAAGUACUUUAAAGUAUUUGUUCACCAUUUUGGUAAAUAAGCUUAUUUGCUUUCUGGCAGGUAAAGAGAUGAGAAGAUUAACAUCACUCUCUUGUCUGUCCAGUUAGCUGGUUAGCUUAGCAUAAAGACUGGAAACAGGAGGAAACAGCUAGCAUGGCCCUCUGCAAAUACUACAAAAUCUUUUAAAUCUGCCUUGUCCGUGCAAAAACCAAAGUGUAAAAGCAAGAAGUUGAAGUGUAUGUACUGGACUAUUUUGUUGCCAGGAACAAUAACUUGCUGGAGUCUCUGUUGGUUGCCUGGCAACCUCAAUGUGAGGACAACACUGCGGGACUCUUUCUUGUUCGGACUAAACAAACCAGAUAGUAAUAAGUGACGGAGUGUUACCUUUGGGACAGAGACAUGAAAGCUUUUUACUCUUCCAAGGCUGUAGCUUCAUAUUUAGCGAACAGACAGAACAAUUCCUUGAAGCAAAGAUAUAUUUUGAGAAAAAGCUAUCAGCAAAUCAAUUGUGCUAAUUUUCUAAAAAUGCUCUUAGCUCCUUUCCUUUCAUUAUUAUUCUCUGCGUUUGCACUACCAUCCACUGAAAGGGAUUUUUUCAAGGAUGACCGAGCCAGAGAGGUCUUAAUUUGGACAAAAAAAAGCUCACUAGACAGAAAACUCUUUCAUUCUUUCUUUCUGUUUCUAUCUUUUUUUGUGUCUUUCUUUCUUCCUUAACAACUAGCAGCAUCAUAUCUACUCUAAUAUGAAUGGAAGUAUCCAACAUGUAGUACGUUUAAGCAAGCUAGUCAAAAAUAAUGAGUUGCGGCAGUCAAAUUUAAAUGAUUAACGUCAGCUGAAAAUAGAGUCAUUGAAGUGUGAAAGUAUUGAGAGACAGUUGGCACAGUUGAGAAAAGUUGAUCAGUCUCCUGCACUCCAAAACAGGAUUUCUACGUCACCCCACCUUUUGUGCAAAUUAAUUUGAAUGCUAAUGCUUUUGUUACGUGUCCCAGUGGACCCUCAGAGGAAGAGAAAAUGGCCUUGCUGCUUCUUUGUCCGUGUCAAAGUGUUGGUGGUGAUGAGAAAGACCGUAGAAGUUUUUAUUUUCUCACUUCACAAUCCAUUACUCAGUUGAAACGGGGACAUACACAGGAUGCUAAUGAGAAAUUGCUCUGCGUUUGUCAAAGCAGUGGGAAGUAGGAACUUCAAUCAGUCAACACAAUUGUUCAUUGUGUGGUCGUGUCUGGUCAAUAUCUUCAUUACAGUUGUGAUUUGUGUCCCUGUAAUGAUUCCGGGAGUCAAGUUUUUUCACAGUAAUAUAGUUUUCCAUUACAGUAGAAUGCUUUCAGUGAUAUUGUACGACAUUAUAAGAACCAGAAGUGAAAAGAUUGUUCCAAACAUGUAGUGUGAUAUAUUACAUUUUACGACUUACUUUCUCAUCCAUAUUAAGUGAUCCCAGAGCAGCUUUCGUUUACUUAACAUCAGAAAAUCAUUUGGAGCAUAAAAGCAGUUAACAGCGUGACCUUUAUAGCUGCAUUUUUACUUCCACUUGACAAAAUGUCUGCUACAUUUAGAGCCUUAAAUCCCAGUUGUAUAUAUUGUGGCCACAGAUUUAGAACUUAGAUAAAGUGAUCUUGGAUCUCACACUGCUGUGCAUGCACCACUGUAUGAUGUAACAGUAAUAUAGUGCUUUCUUUGGAGAGCUUUCAUUGUUUCUCUGAUUUAUUUCCCCUGAUUCUUCAACUGCUCUGCUUCCCACACAAGGGAAAUCAACCAAAAGCCAACAACAAUUAAAUGUAUAAGAUUUAUAAGCAGUGCACCUAGUCAUGUUGUUGUUUCCUUAGUAAUAAAACAUCAUGGUCUCUAUGAUAAAGACAGUGUGGCCGUGUCCAUGGAGGAUCCACUUUAGAGAUAAAAAGGAAAGUCAUUCAGUUCUGUGAAAAGAAAUGUCCUGUGUUUGGUAACCUCACACACACACACACACACACACACACACACACACACACACACACACAACUCAAACUAUCCCUUCAAAGACAGUCUUGUGAUUUGACAGCUGCCUAUGUGACUGACAGCAAGCUGACUUGACAAAACCGGAGCACAAACUAACAAUAAUACAAAAAAAUGAUGUGAAUCAGGUACACAUCCUGGCCAGAUUCUUUCCAUUGUUGUUGCUGUUCUUUUAAAUCCCGAGGAGCUGAAAUACAGUAAAAUCUGUAUUUCAUUUGGAGGCAGAUUGGGUUUUAAACUUCUGAAACACAUUCAAAAUCCCAACAUGUAAAUGUUUUGAUUCCAACAUACUGCAUGUAACAGCAGAAGCACAAACACUGCCGUUAUAAACGGCUGUAAAAUAUGGCUCUUAUUAAAUUUUGUUAUGAGUAGGGAGUCCUUCUGACAGAAGUCCCUCAGGCUCAAUGCUGUGGGCUUCUCUGCAACUGCAUGAAUGAUCGCAGCGUUAGAGCAUCAGGGGCAUACAGUGCCACAGUGUUCUGAAACACCCUAAUAAAGAUAAAAAGUACCGAAACCAUCUUUAUUACCACAGAGACUCCACAGUGAACGUUGUUAAAGGGCAGGGGAAAAAACAAGUUACACAGAAAUGAAUGGGCAGCUGAUGGAUGUCGGAUCACUGAGGUUUGACUGAACCUUAUAGCAGCGGGGAUUUCCCCUACAGGGUCCUCUCUGAUUUCUUUGUUUGUAAAGUGGCGUUGAGUAAUCUGUGUAUCCAUGUACCUCGAUGGCAACCCAAAGAGCAUCAGCCGGACACAGUUGACACUUUGGCAUAAAUAAUAGAACCGCAUUUUCAGCAGAGCUUGUUUGCUAAUUAGAGCAAGCUCCAUCAGCAGAAGUGGAUAUAUAUCACAUUUGAAAGUAGUAGGAACAAUGCUUUUUUAUCAUUUGACAUUUCUUUGCCCUAAAGAAUCAAAUCUCUCGGUCAUAGCUUCAGCCCACUGAAAGCAAUGCAUUUCUCAAUUUUUCCAACGGGGCAGUAGAACUCUCACUUGUUGACAAAUCAUUGAGUUGUCUUGUAAUGAUAUAUGAUUGAGGUCGUCUGUGUGACUCCCAAUCACCCAAUCAUUCAUCACUAUUGCUGGUACAGACAUGCCUCCUCACAGCUGAUUUAAAUUGCCAGUUCUUGUUGUUUUUAGUCCUUUUAUCUAAGAGCAGAACAAGCUUCGAAUGAUAAACUUUUUAAAAGUUACAUAUGAGAGAGCCUGCGGUGGUUUGACAACAGUGAUCACCCUGCUUUUUGUUUCAAAACAACGAUCCAGAGUGAGAAAAGCUACUUCUAUAGAAUGCAUUUCUCCUCAACUCAAUGCUGCAUUUACACUCAGUUCAAUAACACACCAAUGGGCUGAGGUAAUGAUUGCUCCUUAACUACCCGGUCUAAUCUACUCAUGACAUUUAUGACUCUAACACAUUUGUCAAUGUGCUUUACAGUGACAGAAGUGAGCGUCUGUGGAUCACCAUGAGCGUAUGAUUACUGCGGCUAGAAAUAGUGAACUAAUUAAUAAGUGGUUAGCUGAUGACUCAUUUCAUUGUUGCCUUUAGUGUCCUGAUUGCUCUUGAAAUACCAUUGAUAAUACCAUUCACCAUGGGUAUCUAUGAAAUAAUUUAUUUUGGCACAAUUAGCAUGAUUUCAAUUUUCAUAUCUUAUGCAUUUUUAUACAAAAAUACAUCACUGUAAUAUUCAUCUCUAGUCAUCUCUAGAAUGUUAUGAUAACUUGAGUAGUCAUGUGCAAUGAGUAUUGUCACAGCAAAUUGCUUUGCUUGGUUAGACUAGAAAGACAUUUUAACAUUUUAAACUGAUUUAAUUUAUUUAUAUGCUUAUAAAUUUAUAUUCAAUACAUGCAUACCAGAGCAGCAAGAAAGUUGGAAAGACUAAGCGACAGUGUUUUUAUUUUAUUUUUGUGUUUGACAUUUCUGUGGCACUAAUCUCUAAAGGACAAGUAAUGGAGUCAAGUUGUAUAAAUUAUUACAGUAAUUGUUUAGCAAGCUAUGGUCUGUACAUGACAGAAUGUGCAUUUGAACUACAAAUCCAGCAUACAGAUAAAUAAAACAUGCUCAUGUAAUACAUUCAUAUACGUAUUAGUAGCUGCACUGAUCUGCAUAUUUACAUCAGUGUAAAGUUGUUUCUUAAAUAUUCAAUAUUUAUUUUAUUGUCAACAAUUCCCAACGACCAAUGUGUUCGUGGGUCACUUAAUACUUCAUAACCUCCCUAGCUUGUGUGUGGUUCUCAGCCCCAAGCAUAUUGUUUCCUACUUAUAAGACAUAAAUCUUGACAAAAAGGUCACAAAUGUACACUUUCAUUUAAAAAAUGAAAAUAAAUCCCUUACAAUUUCCCACUGCAGGACUGUUAAUGUGAGAUCCCCUUAAAAUACACGACAGUGCCCAGGUUUAUCAUAAUAGAAUAAAAUGACUCCUCCUUUAAGCCUUGCAUUUAGUAGG